GAAAGGCCAAUCCGAUUCUCUCGCAGCAUCUCCUCUCUUUCGCCGCCCCUCACAGUUCGCCCGACAUGGUCUCUCUCGCUCCUUACGUCUUGAAGCGGCCUUGGCUGACCAAGAUGCUGACGCCCGCUGCCAAUUGGUAUGCGAGCGCUUCCGGCUACCGCCAGCUCGGUCUGAGAUACGACGAUCUCCUCGAGGAGGAAAACGAAGCUGUCCAGAUCGCCCUGAAGCGUCUGUCCGCCAAGGAGGCCUACGAGCGUGUCUACCGCAUCCGCCGCUCCGUCCAGUGCAGCUACACCCACAAGCUGCUCCCCAAGGACCAGUGGACCAAGCCCGAGGAGGAUGUCCCUUACCUGCGAUCCAUCCUCGCCCAGGUCGAGGCCGAACUCGCCGAGAAGGACGCCCUGGACUCCAUGACCGUCAUCAAGAAGCACUAAAAAAAAAAGGAAGAAAGAGAGAAAGGAAAUGAAGAAAACGAUAAAUGUACUCAUUGGUUUGGAGAAGCAGGAUUAAAGCGGCGGCGGCGAAGUGAUCGUUACUCAGAGAUUCUACACAGGUCUCUUGUAUUAAAAUCAAAACAUUAUAGACGUGGUCUAAACCCUCCAACUCCCUCGCUCAUCAACCAAUCUCCCUUUAAUUCCACAUUGUAAUUAUCUGUGUUUUUUUCUCUUGUUCAAAUACCAUUACUCAAACUGGCUAUGUUAUUAUAAUAGUACAGGAGUAGUAAAGAAAAAUGCACUUUUGGAAGCAACAAGGAAAAGAGGCUCUCCAUUGACAAAAAUGCUUUUCUC